AUGGCUGCUUCGACAUCUCGCCCGUCGUCACCUCUCCUUCCAGCCUUUGGCAUCCGCGACCUCAACAGUCCCCCAUCCUCCCUGGGGCUGGUUCAGAUCAGCCGCCGUCAGUACGACAACACUAUCCAGAGCCAGCCUGAUGCCACACUGACAUAUAUUGACCUCGACGACGGAGAGGUCAUCACCGUCGGAAGCUCAUUCGAGUUAUCCCAACGUCUCGAAGAGCCGGUAUCAUCCUCGACCUACCGGGGUCGCUCUCCGGUUUCGACGUGGUGUCCCUUGCCCAACGCUCUCGAGGAUGAACAGAACAAGAUACACAUCUUCGACAUACGACGCACGAACGGAAAUCUGGCCGUAUGGAGAGACCACGAAGCAUACUCCUGCAAGAGCCUGAGAAAGCAAGACACCUCGUCAUCGACAGCCUCGAGGAGCACAAGCCCUUCUGCUUCUGAACCUCAGCCUAUGGUCAGCAGAUCAUGUAUCCCUCCUGUUCAGAGCGAGGGCGACCUGAGUGCAGCUCUAUCGAGCCUACGUAUCAAUCACGAGCCAAGUGCAAGCUGCACUGCCUCCAAAACCCCGAAUCUCCACCCUGCACGAGAUGAACCAGCACAUCAACUGGACAGUGCUCUUAACGAUGUCUUUACCGGCCUUGAGUCUCACCUUGGCCCCUUAGCUGACAUCCUCGAGGCCACAGCGGGCGGACUACGGAAGAUCGCAGAAAAGACGCGUGAAGCGGACUCUAGCCCGGUGGAGGACGUCCUGAAUGGCUUCCACAGCAUUAUCACAGAAAUUGGCCAACUCGGCCAAGAAUUUCUAGCAACACUAGAUGGAGGGCUGGAGCAAACCAAAAUCAGGAAGCCCGCCGAAGAUCCGUUUGAGGCGGAAAGACAGCAACUACCGCCCAAGCCUCCGUCCCGGCAUGGAACCCCAAGCCCAAGGCCAGACCCGCAGCCUGAUAAUGAGUCUGUGGUGAAGAAAGUCAGCUUCAUUGACGCGACAACAGCCGCCGCUCCUCCUUCAAAAUUUCCGACUGCUCCAUUCGAGCUCGUGAAUCAAGAAGAGCCUGGUGUCCAAACACGAACAUUCACGCUGCCACCAGUGCCCACACCAUUUGCUCCUUUUGGCAGAGGCCUGAGGCAGAAGGGCGUUGUCGAGCUUCCGCCGCCAUGUGCUAAGCCAUCUCUUAUGACCACAUUUGGACCACCUGCUCGGCACGAUACUGCAAAGGACUCCAUCAUCGACUCGCAACCCUCUGACUCUGACAUCUUGACCCGCUAUCCUCCCUUGCCAUCUCUUCGCAAGGCUGCAAGUGUGAGUGGGCUGCGGGCUCGACCUGAAGCUACGACCCGGUACCAACCUGGCCUGAGUACAACCUCGGCUUUGUCUCGUUAUCCUAGCAUCGGCCAAUUCGAACAGCUCUCCCGAAUUAGUUCCCGCAACGGGCCGAGCUCGAAGCCCGGAGACACCAGGGACUCUGAAUUGGACUGGACGUUUCCGCUGCGUAUGGCUAAGAAAAGAGACGAAUACAAAAAGCCGAGAGCCGAAGACGUGCAUGAAAAUGACGUCGUCGUCGUCGCUGAAUCACCAGUUACACCAGCAGCGGAAACCACAAAUUCAAUCCCGCAGGACAAGGAUAACCUCGCAAAGGUUGAUGGCAUAUCUGAGAAGCAACAAGAUGCCCUCAAGAGAAGACCCGCCAGCUGUUAUCCGCCACCACCCCCUGGUGCUUGGCCCGAGCAAAAGAUGGAUAAUUGGUCCACGCCAAAACCCGAUGGCGACAAGAAUCCCCCAGCUGGUAGCUCGGAAACGGUGGCAUCGACCCAGGAACAAAUCUCCAGUGGUUUCUCCUCUCGCAUCAGCAGCCCGGUCAGCGAGGCCUACAAUCGUGCACCUGUCUUUCCCAGAAAAUCACAGACCGUCAGUGGUACGAACCCAGCCGCGAGACUCAACGGGCCAUUCGAUCCUCUUGCGCAUAUCCCUGUCCUCCAACCCAGACCUCAACGCUCGCAGCCCGAUCUGUCAGUGCCGAAGCUACCGUCGCUGAGUGCUAAAUACAAGCCGUCCGCCUUCCCUGAUGCAUUCCCGCGCCGCAGUCAAACUGUUCACUACACCGACCGUUACAAGCCUCGACAUGGGCCUUACCAAUAUUCCCGGCCCAGUCUAUGGGAGAACGGUGUCAAGGUCAAACACAGCUCUAACACCGUUCCAACAACAUUGUCACACACACGGCCGUGGUCGUUCUAUCCUGAAGCAUCCCACCCAUCUCAAGGACCAUCAUUUCCCGGUCCUGCGCAUCCGGAAAACAACCAUCCCAUUUUUCCUACCAUCCGACCGGUCCAGUCCAUGAUUGGGCUUCGGCCAGAAGCAGGGAAGACCGCACAGCCUUUCACCUCUCGGUAUGCACCCCCAAACCCGCAAGUCCCGGCUCCUAUUCGAACGCAUAUUAUCAACACGAUCCCGGUACCUCCCCCCAAGCCCGUCCCUCACCCAGUCUCGGCUCCGCCACGUGACCGGUGGGGUUCUCCUGUCACCAGCACUAGCCGUUCGGCCUCUAUCCUGUCUCCGUGCCCACCAACAUCCACACAGCGACGUAGCCACUCUGGCAUCUUUGGACCAGCUCCUCUCGCAAGCAAGGGCGUUGACGAGUGCGUCAGGCAACUCAAAGCUAUGGGUUUUGGUAGCGACCCGCAUGAGUUGGCUCGCUUGAAUGUCUAUGCCGGCGCCGCAGCAGGGGAUGUUGAAGCCGCGAUCGAAAUGAUCGAGGAAGACCGUGAGGCUGCGCGGGAGCUCGAGACGAGCAGCCAGGUCGGUCAAGUAGGGAGCGUCAGGGAUGUGGGAAGGGACUUUGAUGCGGGGCGCAAUCCUUGGGAGGACUAA